AUGACACAAAUGAUUGAAGCUCUAAAAGAAUUCCACUCAAAAGGUUACAUUCAUAGAGAUAUCAAGCCAGAAAACUUUGUCCAAGAUUUACAUGACAGCAAAAAAAUUUACAUUUUAGAUUUUGGCCUUUCAGAGCCAUAUAUUAUCGAUAAUAAACAUAAACCAGACUCACAGGUCAAAACUUCCCUCACAGGUACUCCCAGAUAUGCAUCUAUAAACGCCCUUGAAGGAGGCGAACAAUCAAGAAGAGACGAUUUAGAAUCUUUAUUUUAUGUUUGGUGUUUUCUUUUGAAAGGGAAUUUACCAUGGCAAAGAAAACUCGACCCUGCAUCUAAGAAUCCUUACGCUUGUAUUAUUGAAAUUAAAAAGGAAUGCCUCGAAAAAUUUUCAAUUAAUGAUACAGCCAAUAUUAUCCCUAAAACAUUAAAUCAAGACCUUAAGCGUGCUCUGGUUAACUAUAUACAAAGCGUGAGAAAAUUAAAGUUUGCAGAUGAACCAAAAUACGACGAAUACAUUAAUUACUUCAAGAAUUGCAAAUUCGAUAACUCUACCGGUACAAAACAUAUAGUAGAACAUCGUAAAGCCAAUACAAUCACUCUUACAAGUCCGAAAAGAUAUUUCAUCGAUUAUCCGUCGAAUAAUACAGAACACUACUGCGAACCUAUCUCAGAUGCCAGUAGUUUUGAUGAUUUCUGUGGGCUUCUCGACGGAUCCCUUUGUCCAAGGAUAAAUUCUCAAUAUACUUACCAAAUCCCUGAAGAAGCGAAUUUCACAUUGAGAGAUUUCCCAGUAAAGCUUGAUGAUAACGAUAUUACAUCGGUUGAAGAGAUUCCCAAAUUUCCACUGCUGAAUCUCAAUGUUUUCGGAUUUAAAUCUCAAAAUACGCCACAAAAAUUUUGUAUUCAUAUUGAAAUAUCACAACAAAGAAAGAAAGAUUAUUAUGUACCACAAACAGUUGCUCAAACUGCAAAAGCAAAGUCUCCAAUUUUAAUUCAAAGGUCACAGUCGGAUUCAAUUAAUAUUGUAAGUAGCUCCAACUCAUUCAAAUAA